AUGGAAUGCAGCGAUCCAGAAAAGUUCGAAGAAUUGCAUGUUCAUAAUGUCUACCAGGAGAUUGCUGAACACUUCUCCUCCACGAGAUAUAAGCCUUGGCCGAUUGUCGAGCGGUUUUUAAAGGAACGCCCGCCAGGUUCGAUCGGCCUAGACAUCGGUUGUGGGAAUGGCAAAUAUUUACCCGUCAAUUCUGACAUUUUCAUUGUUGCGUCAGAUCGAUCUGAAGCCUUGGCGCGGAUUGCCAGUGCGCAUUAUCCACAUUCUUCGAUUGUCGCUGACAAUCUGAAUUUACCACAUCCGGAUGGCAUCUUCGAUUUCGCCAUUUCCAUUGCAGUGGUACAUCACCUGUCAAACCAUGAACGCAGAGUCAGAGCUAUUCAGUCUAUCCUGCAAACGCUCAAGCCGCCUCACGAUGGUUGUGAAGGUGGCAAAGCAUUGAUCUAUGUCUGGGCAUUGGAGCAGAAAAACAGUAGGAGGGGAUGGGAUGCUGGCGAUGACCAGGACGUCAUGGUACCCUGGGUGAGAAGAGAAAAACAUGGUGAUGAUAAGUCCGGGGCGUCAACAAAGACUUUUCAUCGCUACUAUCAUUUGUAUGAAUCACAGGAGAUAGAACGAGAUAUCGUUGCCGCUGGUGGUCAAGUCUUGGAUCAUGGUUAUGAAAAAGACAACUGGUGGGCUAUUGCAGGCUUAAAGUCAGUGGGUUGA